CCUCUCUCUCUCUCUCUCUAUAUAUAUAUAUGAUCUCUGCUGCUAUGCCAACAUACAUAAUAUUAUUGUUGAUUUCGUAGAAUUCCCCCUUAGCUACCUCAUCCAAACAAUCCAUCUCCACCGCUGCAUCCGCCGUUACCCAUCUCAUUCCACCUCUUUCAUCCCACCCCUGUUUGACUCGCAACCCAGUUUCCUUCUUCUCUUAUUUUAGAUUUAGUUCAUGAUUUUUUGGGUCGAAUUACUUGGGGUUGUUUUUCAGCUGCUCAAUUUCGAGUGUCACAUGUGGACGUGGCAUUUUAUUUAUUUAAACUAGAGAGAAAAAGAUGGGGUCCAAGAUUUGCAUGAACGAGGCGUGCCGUUUAACGACGUCGCCUGAGUGGAAGCAAGGUUGGGGAUUGAAAUCGGGUGGAUUCGCCACGCUCUGCUCCAGCUGCGGAACUGCUUAUGAAAAUCUAGUUUUCUGUGAGAAAUUCCACCUGGAUGAGGAUGGUUGGAGGGAAUGCAAAAUAUGCAGAAAGCGAAUCCAUUGUGGGUGUGUCGCUUCAAAAAUGUUGCAUGAGUUCUUGGAUUUCGGAGGUGUGGGUUGUAUAACGUGUGUCAAGCAAAUGGAUACUCCUUCAUUGAGAACGGUUAAGAUCCUCGGAGAUGAAAUUCCCAAUGGUACAAUAGGUCAUAGAAGUUUCGACAGUCUGCUCCAACUCUGCAAUAAUGUGGAAGUAAAUGGUUCCAAAAAAAUGUUUAAGCCUCAUAGAGUUGGAACUAAUGCAUCUCUUGGGCAGAAGAAAGGUGAAGGAACCGCGCUUCCUUUUGAGCAAGUCAACACAAGCUCCCCCAAUUUCACCCCCCAAUCUGUUGGAUCAUCCAUGUUUGUCAAACCAGAGAUCAGUAGACAAAAUCAAGGGUUUAAAGACAUGGCUGAAUCUCUAGCUCAGCCAUCUGUAAAUUUCUCAUUGAGCAACGCUCUAUGUGCUUCAGGCUCAGCCCUGCCCAUUUCUGAAGGGAUUGUUGAAGGAAGCGAACAGAACAGAGUUUCUACCGCCCAGCAAGGACAAAGGGCACGCCAGAUUCUGCCCAAACCCCCCAAACCUGGCUCCAGUGUAGGCUCUGAGAACACUAAAGGAAUGGGUUCUCAAACACGCAUUGCCAGGCCUCCUGCUGAAGGGCGAGGUCGCAGUCAGUUGCUUCCUCGCUAUUGGCCCAGGAUCACAGACCAAGAAUUGCAGCAGAUAUCUGGGGAUUUGAAAUCCACUGUUGUACCGUUGUUUGAGAAAGUUCUCAGUGCUAGUGAUGCUGGCCGGAUUGGUCGUCUGGUUCUUCCCAAGGCAUGUGCUGAGGCUACAAAAUUUGUUCCCAAGGUGAAGACCUCAACUACAACUACUACUGAUUGUUCUGUUGAACAUGUAGAUUCUAGUAGUAGUUUAGAACCUAGUUUACGGUCUUUCGAACAACUGCUUGGUCAUAAAGAUUAUCAUACUUUCGAAGAGAAGGACCCCCGUCAUCCAGCCCAGGCGGCUACAGUGUCAGAGUCAGGCCUCCUGGCAGGGAACAGAGCCGUAAUGUCAGGACAUGGGUCCCACCAGCAUGAACCCUCUGUCCUGACCUCCACUCCCACUCUAUAA